GUGGUGGCUAGGGGAUAUUAAAUCGGCGGUGAGGAAGCUGUCGCCGGCCAUCUUAAGUUAGCAAUUUGCGAUUUUGCUAGGGUUUGUCUAUAGUCAAACGUGAGUCACACGCUUCCAAGUCACAAAAUAUGAUAUGAGUAACAACAACAAAGCCCAAAAUAGUAUAGGGUUUUUAGGUUUUAUAAACAACCUAAUAAGAUAUAAGGCCCAGAAUAGUAAAGGCCCAAAGCUUUUCGAUCUUCCCGAGUCUCUCUCUCACUCUCCUACGAUUCAAAGGAUCAUCUUUUUGAUUCCAUAGGAGGAACUUGUUAUGCCCCUAAUCGAGUUUGAGUGUGUUAGGUACAAUCAAACCCCUAAUUUUAUGGCUAAGAGCUCUUCUAGAGAUUCGAUCAGCAAUUUGCCAGAUGAGAUACUUGGCAAAAUCCUGUCUUUACUUCCGACAAAGGUGGCUGCUUCGACAUCGGUUCUGUCCACAAGGUGGAGGAAUCUACUGGGUCUUGUAGACACCCUUUGUUUUGAUGAGUCGCUGGUUGUGUAUCCUAACGAAGAAGAAGCAAAAAGUGGUUCACUUCGCUUCGUAGAUUUCGUAGACAAGACAUUUGCUCUGUUAGGCAAUUCUCACAUCAACAAGUUCUCUCUGUGUCAUGAGCCCAGACCUGGCUAUAACGAUGCAUACCAACGUUGGAUUUGGACUGCAAUGGAACGUGGUUUAUUGGAACUACACUUGCACGCAUAUAGACACUAUUUUGAUAUAGAGACAGAGUUGUUGACGAGCAAGACACUGGUUAAGCUCACACUAUCCGGUCUAUAUGCUAUUGAAGUCAAGUAUGUGUUUUUCCCUGCGCUCAAAUCACUUUCUCUAUUAUCAGUUUUAGGGCUUGAUUAUGACAACUAUUGUUCCCUCCUUGAUGGCUGUCCUGCGUUGGAAGAGUUAUACAUACGUGAUGAUGAUCUUUUGGGUUCGCCAUGUUGCGGUGCGUUUGUGAAAAGUGCAUCUAUCAAGCGACUUGUGGUUUUUACUAAUUGUCCAGAUUAUAAAUACGAUCACGAAGUAUCUUGUUUUGAAGCACCAAACCUUGUCUACCUUGACUACUCUAGUUACGUCUUUGAAAAGUAUCAGUAUGUUGCUUUGGAUUCGCUUGUUGAGGCCAGGUUGAAUAUCAGAUUAUGGCAAUCAACUAAAGAUUAUGAUCCUUCUUCGUCUUCUGAUGAUGAUGAUUAUGACGAGGAUGAUGAUGAUUAUAAUUCUGAUUAUAAUGUUUAUGAUUAUAAUGAUGAUGCUAUGUUUGGUGAUGUUACAAAUCUAGUUGCGGGUAUAGCCAACAUUACAACCCUUCACUUGUCUCCUGAUUCCCUUGAGGUAUUUCAUAUCCGUUGUAAUUCAAUGCCGGUUUUCAACAAACUCCUUAAGUUAUCUAUUGAGAGUAACAAGGAAAAAGGUUGGCAAGUAAUGCCACUUUUGAUCAAGAGUUGUCCAAAUCUACAGACUUUAGUCAUCAAGGGUCUUGAGCACAGAGUAACAAAUGGAUGUGAAGAUGCAUGCGCUUGCAGCCCUAAGAAGCAUAUUAGGAAGAGGAAGAUUGUAAUGAAUAAGAAGGAAGAGAAAAUAUGCUGUUUAUGUAUAUGCCAAGUGAAUGUGCUAGAGGUUUCAGGGUAUGGAGGUUCUUUUCAAGAGCUCAAACAGAUGAGACAUUUCUUGGGAAAGUUGGAAUGUCUGGAAACUGUGAAAGUUGGUGUUGUCGUGGACACCGCCAAUAGAAAUGAGUUCUUGCGAGCUAAACUGCUGACUCUCCCCAGACUUUCAACAAAAUGCAACAUCCAGUUCUUCUGAUUUUCUUUCCUUAUCUUUCUCGGUUAGAUGGCAAUGUGAAAGUAACUUGACAUGAAUUGAUUACAUCAUUUUAAUAUCAUUAAAGUUGGUUACAAUCUGCUUUUGAAAGAUACAUAAUACGUAUGUGUUGUUCUUCUUCA